AUGCCUCUUAAGACGCCACAUACACAGCAUUCAUCGUCGGCGACUCGGCAGGCUGGGAAAGAUAUUGCAGGCGUAUUGCACAUUUUAUCGAAAACCGACCUUGCGCGGAUUAAAGAACGCUCGAUGAUUUUGACAGAAACAGCGAUCGAGCACAUCAAGUUAGAACGCGAGACGCAGCAAGCGGUUGCGAGGCAUGAAUCAAUGGAGCGUAAGCGCCGUAUGAUGGAAAAAGAGGCUGAAGUGCGAGCAAGACGCGAGCAGUCGGCAAUGGAAAUGGAAUUGGAUGCCGAGCGCCAGGCUUUGCUUAGUGGCAAUGAAAUGGUGAACAACCAGCAUCUCGAGUCACUGCGCAAGAUUAAUUCGCUGUCCGUGGCUGCCAUCGGCUAUCAACUCUGCGAUUCGCUUAAAGAGCAUCAACGAGAACGAAAAAUAGUUGAAACACGAUACGACAAUGUCCACGACAGCAUCAUGGAGCGUGAUCGUCGUUGCAACAAUCAAAAGCGAAAAGAUGAUGAGUCAAUUGCUUUCGCAAAACGAAUGGAAGCGCGACAGAUGCUUGAGGUGCAGAUUGCGGAGCGACAAAGACAAUUAAUUCGUGACGAAGAGGCUAAGGAUAUUGAGUCGCGUAAGAUUCUUGAUCUCUACAAACAGUAUGAAGUUGAAGAGCGAAAAAAAACAGAGCAGCAUCGUGAAAAGCAAAUGGAGAUGAUGCGUCAAGUGACUGAGACGAAUGAGCGCAUCAAAGAUAUGAAGGAACAGAUGUUAAUACGAGAUAAGAAGGAGGAAAUCGCUGCUGCUGCAUAUUUGCGUAAUAAGGUACUUGAGGAGGAAGCAAAACUUAAUGAAAAUGCGCGGAUCCGCAAGCUGAAAGAGCUUCGUAUAGCCAAACUUCGCGCUCAACAAGAAAAGGCACAAGACAAAGAAGCUCUUCAAGAUGAAAUUCGGUCCAAAAAAAGCUAUGAAGAGACCGAAAAGAAGGCAAGAUUGAAGAAAGAACAAGACAAAGAAAAGAAACAAAUGUUAUUGCAGUCCAUUAUGCAAGAUCGCAAAAAGCAAGAAAUUUUUCAUAUUGAACAAUCUAAACGAAUGCGAGCUCUGGAUGCAAACACCGACCUUAUUGGACAACAGCAAGCUGAAAGCGAAUAUCAGCGACUUAAAGCUGCCGAAAUUGCGAUAAAUGCACGAAAUGUGAUGCAUAACACUUUGCUGCUUCAGCAAAUUGAGGCCAAUAAUCAGCGCCGAAUAAAAGAUAGACUGUUUGAGCAAAAUGACGCCAAGUUAAUUGAAAAGAAGGCAAUGAAAGAUAGCAUUUUGGCUGAAAAGGUGAGAAUUGACACACUGCAAAAAUUGAAAACGGGUGGAGUGUCAGAGAAAUAUCUUCGCAAUCUUAGGCGCAUGGAGAUUAAUGAGACUAACGCAUAG